CGCAAUCUAGAAACGAUCUUUGCGUUCUUUUACGGUUACGUUAGCCAACUUAGACGCUUGAUUACGUUCUUCCAGUGAAAGUGAGUCCCAUCGAUAUCACGGAAAAUCUUUUCUUCGCUAUUUUCGGCCAGAAGGACUCGGACGACUUCAUGGUAUCGUUAAAACGAAAGAUGCAACCGAGCUGGACAAUAUAUUUAUUUAAGGUAUCUUUCUCUCUGUACAUGUUGGUUAGCGUCAUAGUACUCAUCAAUCUGUUGAUCGCGAUGAUGUCCGACACGUACCAAAAUAUUCAAUCUCAGAGCGACAUCGAGUGGAAGUACGGGCUCAGCAAACUCAUUCGUAAGAUGCAAAAAACACAAACUGCGCCUUCACCUCUAAACCUCGUUACUUCCUGGAUCGCGUAUCUUGGAAAACCAUGCAAAAUACGAAACGAGGGACGUAAACCGGGAGUGAUGCGCCUAUUUACAGGACGUUCGUUUAUUCAGGACAAUGGAAUAUCACCUCAACAAUGCGACGCCAUUCAUUUUCCAUUACUUCGUACGAGUCCAUUGGAAAGUCAAUUAUCUUUAAAGGAUUCAACGAGAAUUGAAAAUAUUGUCGACUGGGAUAUCGUGAGACGAAAAUAUAGGGUACGAUUUGGAAGUGAGAUCGAAAAGCCUCCUUCAGAAGAUGCGUCUACCGCCGAUGGAAACGCUUAAACAAUUUUAUAUAAACUUUUGCUGAUAUUUACGAACAACACAAAUUCGCGAUAAAUUUCGUCACGAUCAAGAACUCUUUAUACAUUCUAUUUGAUACCUCUUU